AUAUGACCUGAGCGACGUGCCAGCCGAGGCUCGGGAGCUCAUAGCGCAGAUGACGCAAGUGGCGUCCUCCAACCUCCUGGCGGAGUGCAGAGGGAACGUCACCGAGGUGGUGGACACGCCUUUCGUGGUCUACCUGGUGGUCACCUCGGGGAACCUGGACCUGACUUGGGACACGGAUGAGAAGUACGACCUGGAUGUCCAGACUAAGAAUCAAAAAGUGUCAGUAACAAUAACUGCAGCAACAGUAUACGGAGCUCGGCACGGUUUAGAGACAUUCACCCAGCUCGUCACGGCAGACAGACCAGAAUACUCGGAUCAAACUCGCUGUGCUCUCCGCGUCAUAUCCGGUGCAAGAAUCAAGGACUACCCUGCUUACAGGCAUAGAGGACUAGUCCUGGAUACGUCGAGACACUUCAUUCCUAUGAAGGAUAUCAAAAGAACCAUCGACGGAAUGGCUGCAUCGAAACUGAACGUCUUUCAUUGGCAUGUGACUGACUCGCACAGCUUUCCGUUGGAGUCAACGAGGGUACCACAGUUCACAAGAUACGGCGCAUACUCAUCAUCCGAAAUCUACUCUGCAGAAGAAGUGCGUCUGUUGAUCAAGUACGCCCAGAUUCGUGGUGUGCGAGUCGUCAUUGAAAUCGACUCUCCUGCGCAUGCAGGAAAUGGCUGGCAGUGGGGACAGGACUACGGCUUUGGUGACCUAGCAGUUUGUGUGAAUACUGAGCCCUGGCGAGGAUUGUGCAUCCAGCCUCCGUGUGGCCAACUAAACCCUGCUAACCCUACAAUGUAUAGGGUUCUGAGAAACCUGUACAAGGAUCUAGCAGAAGCUCUGCCCAAACCUGCUCUUUUCCAUAUGGGUGGUGAUGAGGUAUUCUUCCCAUGCUGGAACUCAAGCGAGCAGAUCCGGACAUACAUGCAAGAGAAGGGUCUCAAUACAACCACGGAAGGGUUCCUUCGGCUCUGGUCGGAGUUCCACGAGACCGUACUUUCCAUUUGGGACGAGGAGCUGAAGGCAAUAGGGACCGACGCCCAGCCAGUGAUACUCUGGUCUUCGGCGCUGACCAAAGCAAACUACAUACAGAAAUUCCUCAAUAAGGACAGAUACGUCAUCGAAGUCUGGGAACCUUUAGACAGUCCUCUCCUAAUGGAACUGCUUCGUCUCGGCUACAGAACUAUCAGCGUCCCCAAAGAUGUUUGGUACUUGGACCACGGUUUCUGGGGUUCCACCAAGUUUUCCAACUGGAGGAGAAUGUACGCGUAUAUCCUGCCAAAGAGCCAGCACAUGUUGGGAGGAGAAGUUGCUAUGUGGAGCGAAUAUGUGGAUAAGGAGGUUUUAGAUACACGCAUCUGGCCCCGCGCCGCCGCCGUGGCCGAAAGGCUAUGGGCCGAUCCGAUGUCCACUGCCAGUGCAGCCGAACCUCGGCUCCAAAGGUUCCGCUCUCGCCUCCAAGCCCGAGGCCUUCGUCCUGACGCCAUGUCGCCGGCCUGGUGCGAACAGCACGAUGGCAGAUGCUUGUAGAGAUAAUAAGUGACAGUGGCUGUAUGAAGAUAGAUGUGAUGAGACAGUGGCUAAAAGGACUUCGUGCGAAGCCGUGACAUGUAAAAAAUAAAUGUGACGGUUGACUAAAGGACUUGGUGCAAAACCGUGAAGCAUAUAAAAAGAAAGCUGACAAUGACUGAAAGGACUUGAUCCAAUGCAUUGAAACAUAAUUUAAAAAAGCAAUGUCACAGUUGCCGAAAUGGCUUGGUCUGUGGCUGUGAAACACAUGAAAAAAGUUAUGUGACAGUUGCUGAAAGGACUUGGUCCAUGGCCGCUUAUUAAUGUGACAGGACUGUGUCUUCGUGUUUGUGAAUUUGGACGUCUACCCUUAAAUUGUUUCUAGAUAGUCGAUCUACUUAGGUAGUACUUAUCAAAAUGACUACAUAGGACACAGUCAAAACUACUUAAACCUACUUGAUUAGGGUUACGGCUACGACUGAUUUUGAUUUUUUGAGAUUAUACAUAAAUCGACGUUGCAGUUAGGCUCUAGAAGAAGAAAGGGUU